UUGAACUAGUAAAAACUCUCAGUCAUUAAAAGUGCGCGAGACGUAUAAGUUCAAAAAAAAAUCUCCCCAAACUAGAACUGUAUAAUUGUAAAAAAAAAACAUUUAUGUCUUUCAUCUGAAAUUUGUUAUACGCAAUCUUUAGUUGUGCUUUAAAUUUAUUUAACGUUUAGUAGUGAAUAUUUCCCAUACACAAUUGGGAAAGUUGAAUAAUUUCAGUGUGGAAACUGGUUGAAUCUUCGAUCAUUCCAUCCAUAAGUAGCGAUACUAAAAAUUUGUCAUACAGAAUAAAGAACGUGUGGCCAGAGAGCAAACAAAAUACGAACAAAUCACCUCGAAAUGCAGACGGAAUUUUUGUGAUUUUUUGUUUGUUUUAAAUAAUAUUCUAGUAAUAGAAAUUGGAACGAAUUUGCAGAUCAUUAUCAUCAAGGAAGCUUAAAAUUGUGAAAACAUGUCAACAGAAAAGGACAAUAAAGGUUCGGUGUUUACGCUGAGUGAUUUUAAUUCAACUACCAUUUUGACAGAAAAAGUGGAAAAUGGAAAAGACAGCGAUUAUAACCCGUUUGAACACAGAGAUAUGGCACACUCCAAUUCGACAAUGGGAUCAUUGGCACAUCUUUUAAAAAGCUCAUUAGGUACUGGAAUUUUAGCCAUGCCGAUGGCCUUUAAAAAUGCCGGUUUACUUUUUGGCUCAGUUGGAACAAUUAUUAUUGGUUUAAUUUGUACACAUUGCGUGCAUAUAUUGGUUAAAACUUCACAUGAAGUAUGUAAAAAGGCAAAAGUGCCGUCACUUGGUUUUGCUGAGACCGCAGAGAAAGUGUUUGAAACCGGCCCGCUAUUCCUUAGGAAAUAUGCUACGUUUGCUAGAAACUUCACAGAUUAUGGACUGGUAGCCACUUAUUUGGGUGCCAAUUGUGUAUAUAUUGUUUUUAUUGCAACAUCAUUGAAAGAAGUAAUCAACCCCGAAUUGAAUGUAAACUAUGACAUUAGAUUUUAUAUCGCUGUUGUAGUCUUCCCGUGUAUACUGCUCGGUGAAAUUAGAAAAUUGAAAUACUUAGUACCAUUCUCUGCAAUUGCAAAUUUAUGCAUUGUUGUUACAUUCGCCAUAACCUUGUAUUUUAUGUUCACGGGUGAAAUGGGAGUUAGUAAAAGACCGUGGUUCUCCAGCUGGGGGCAAUUGCCAUUGUUUUUCAGUACUGUGAUAUUUGCUAUGGAAGGAAUUGGUGUAGUAAUGCCAGUGGAAAAUUCGAUGAAAAAACCUCACCAUUUCCUUGGUUGUCCCGGAGUUUUGAACACUGCCAUGAUUACCGUGGUAUGUCUUUAUGCAGGCAUUGGCUUUCUCGGAUAUGUACGUUAUGGUGAAGAUGUCGAAGCAAGCAUUACUUUGAACUUACCGAGAGGAGUUCUAAUUGCUGAAGUGGCUCAAAUUUUGAUCGCAAUUGCUGUUUUAUUCACAUUUGGUCUUCAAUUCUAUGUUCCAAUGGACAUUUUAUGGCGUAAAGUUGGUUCAAGCAUUCCAAAAGAAAAACAUAAUUUUUCACAAAUUUUAUUCCGUGCUGGAACGAUUCUGAUAAUGGGUGGUGUAUCCGCUGCUGUACCAAAACUAGAUCCAUUCAUCGGUUUAGUUGGGGCCAUAUUUUUCUCAAUACUUGGUCUUUGUAUCCCUGCAGUAGUUGAAACCGUUUUUCUUUAUCCGGACAAUCUUGGUAAAUGGAACUGGAUUUUCAUCAAAAAUAUAGUUCUAGUAUUAUUCUCAAUGAUAGCAUUGAGCACCGGUUCUGUAGUCAGCAUUCAUGAAAUCAUUAAAUUGUAUGCGUGAAUAAAUUUAUAUUUUUAAAAUAGUUAAA